CCCUCCCUUUAAUAUUCAUUCAUUCAUCGGUAGACUUUGGAGACGUGAGUUUCUCGAGUCGUUAUUUUAAAACUUUUUCUUGUGUAUUUGUGCAUUUCAGUGACUUUUUUGUGUGAAAAUUGUGAUAAAAGUGUGAUACCUGUUGUUUGCGAGAAAACGUGGACCCAAGUAGAUGCAAUAUGGAGCUGGAAUCGUUCGAAAACUCUUUCGAUUACGGCCUUGAGGAUGAAGAUUUUUACGAAAGUCCUCCUUUGAAAAAAUCUAAUCAAAGGAAAGUUACAUUCAACCCGCAGGUUUUCUCAAAAAAUGACGAUCCUGAAUAUUUGACUCCGUUUUCUGUAAUGAAACAAGAAAUAUUUGAUGAAAGCGAUGAAGAUCAAGCUCCAAGGGCUAUGGGUUCUAUUCAGAAAGUACCAUCGAUCAGUGAUUUAUCUGAUCCGGAAGCAUCUUUGGAGGCACUGAUAAGGUACGAUUCCGAAAGUGGCUGCAGACUGCAAACCGCAGACUGCAGCGACAGUGUCGUCUGCGGUCAAACCAAUUCCGAGCAGAACUGCACUGCAUCUACAUAA